UCUUUAUAAAUGGUUUACUAGAUGUAGAGUAUCGGGUAAAUACAUGAUUAGUUGUGAUCUACACAUUCACGAUGAACAUCUUAAACGUAGUUUGUGUCACCUAUUUGAUGAACAAGUUGUGCUGUGCCAAAGGAACUAGUGUGUCGACCAAUCAACAAGUGGUCGUCAUCGAAGGAGAAGAUGCAGUGCUUUGGUGUAAUUCUACGGACUUCGAGUUUAUCCAGCUCGGAUGCGAAACAGUUAAUACCGUCGCUUGGUUUAAAUUGGAUUACAACAGUACUUUGCUUGCUUUCUGCCAUCAGUAUGGUUAUAGUUAUCUUCGAUCUUCUCACAGACUUGGUUCAGAAACCGGCAAUCUAACAAUACCUGAUACAUUGGUCUCAGAUAGUGGUGUUUUUGCCUGUUUUAUAUACAAUCGUUUGUUUGGAGCUGUAGGAAUGGUAUCGACAGAACUCACAGUUAAAAGAGGUAUCAGCGUCUCGACCACCGGUAAUGUGGAAGUUGUUGAGGGAGACGACGCCGUGCUCAAGUGCAAUGUGACCCGUAGUAAUGGCACGCUAGUUCCACCAUGCCGUGACGAUGUUCAACUCGAAUGGCUCGUGAAUGGCUCAACCAUUGCAUCUUGCUCAGAGGGAAGUCUGGAGAAAUACUCAAGAGAGAUAACAUUUGAUGAAGAAACCGGAAGCUUAACAAUACAUGAUAUACGGACAACUGACGCUGCAAAUUUUGCAUGUGCAGUGUAUGGCCGGUUUGGUGGAUACGAGUAUGAUACGACUGAACUUAUAGUAAAAAGAGCUCCAAAGACAGUUAAAGUGUCAACUACGAGGAUGUUGGAAGUUGUCGACGGGGAGUCUGCCGUUCUGGAGUGCACUGUUACGGGUAGCACUGGCUCGCUGCUCCCGCCUUGCAGCGUGGAACUCGCAUGGCUCGUGAAAGACUCCGAGAUGGUGAUAUCAUGCACUGGGUUUUACAUCAAACACUCCUAUUCAUACAGUAGUGGAGAGUUCAUAUUUGAGAACCAUACUGGUACCCUGACGAUUCCGAAUGUGCGGCUUGGACAUGCUGGUCUGUUUACAUGUAGAGUGAAUACAACUAAAGGAUACAAGCACAGUGUGACUGAACUGAAAGUACUAAGAGCCUUAUUACAACCGCCAGCAACAACCACAGCGAGCACGAGUAUUUUGACAGAACACAAUACAAAGCCGGGUAUUGGUACCAAUCUUAUUUUUAACCAUAUUUUGGGAUCAUCGGCUGUAAGUGUUGUUCUCUGCGCACUCGUUGUUGUCAGCUUCCUGACGAUCGGAUUAAUGAAACGUCGAAAAAAUCAGUCACCGGCCGAUGUCAAAGAGCUAAGUGUACGCUUCAUGCGUGGCAUAAAUGACGAAAGUGCAUCGACCUCGUCAGACAAAGCCGUUGCCAACUUAAUGGGCACGUCCAGUAUUUACCAAGAGUUAAACCUCGCGCCAACCGAACGCAGUGACGAGGAAGAUGUCAUUAAUCAAAAUCAAACUGUGGUAUAUCACAGUACAGUUGUCGCAUUUGCAGACGUACAUCAAGAAAAUCUCGACACAAAACCUCCUUCUCAGGUUGAAUAAGCCAUCCUCGAUCCCAUUGAGAGUAAAGUGCGGCGAAGAGUCACCUCUCAAACUACGACACUUUGCAUAUGGCGGGGUCGAGGAACAGUCACCGACAGUCGACUGUUGGGACAGAGGUUGCAAUCGCCCCUUACCGUUUGAAUUGUGUUUUGUUUCACCGUGGUCAAGUGGUUGUACUGCAUGACUUGCAACGGCAAUGUUGUGGGCUCGAAUCCCACCAGACCAAACGCUGAUUUCAUAAUGGCUAAGAAUACAUAUUGUCGUCUGGUUACUGAUCCACAAUAUAUUAUUGAUAAAUAGUUAUGCUGUAUAAGACAUCGGUAUUUUACAUAUUUAUUACAAGAACUGAUGCAACAACCAAUAAAUGUUCGCAUGCUUUAAUAUAAUCAGAUUAGAACAACUAAGACAAUACAAAAUAAGAAAGACAAUUCCACUCAAUUUAAAUUUAUUGCGACAGAUUUAAAACUGCUUUUAUUCCAAAACAAACAAGUUGCAAACAAAACAGAAGAACUGGCCAAUUUACAGAAAGCUCGAAAACCACAAAGCGGUUAGACCACCAAACCCACUCCUAUUCGGAAUUUUUUUAUUUUGUUUUCUCUUGAUGUGGAGUUAUAUUACUCCGUUUAUUCAACAUUCAUCAGCAAAGGCAUACAUCAAAUAAACACUAUCAAAAGACACUCCAGUAAAUUCUUCAUAUAUUUAACAGGCACAGUAAGUAACAGAAGCUCAGAAAAUAACAAUAAUAAUAACAAUAAACAAAAUAAUUAAAUAGUUAAAUGAAUACCUCUAUUAUAUAUACAAAUAUCUAUAAUUAUUUAUUAUGUAUGUUCCAAUUUCCUAUUUAUUUAAGUUCACAUCAGAAUGUGGAACAUACGAGGUGUUCUUUCAUGAGUUUACUAUAUUUCCCUAUAUACAAUGUGACACAAAAUGGUAACUUUGUGUCAAAACUAUUUCAGACCGUAACAUCAGAAAGCACGUUUGGCGUGUACCAUAAUAUCAUCAGCAAAAAAAAACAUACAAAAA